AGCAAAAUGGCCAACCCCAAUCCAGAAAUCAAGUACACCAAGAUCUUCAUCAACAACGAGUGGGUGAACUCGGCCAGUGGCAAAACCUUCCCAACGGUGAAUCCAGCCACCGGGAAGAAGAUCGCCGAUGUAGCCGAAGGUGAUAAGGCCGACGUCGAUUUGGCAGUUAAAGCUGCUAAGGCUGCCUUCGAGAGGAAGGGAUUUUGGCGGCAGAUGGAUGCCUCGGCCAGGGCAAAGCUCAUUAACAAACUGGCCGAUCUGAUGGAGCAGAAUGGACCUUAUCUAGCCAGUUUGGAAUCGCUAGACAACGGUAAACCGUAUCAGAGUGCAUUCUAUGAUGUGCAUGCUUCGGUUGCCUGUUUGCGAUACAAUGCCGGUUAUGCCGACAAGAUCUGUGGCGACACUAUUCCAACGGACGGCCCUCACUUCACCUACACUCGGAAGGAACCGGUCGGCGUUGUGGGUCAAAUCAUUCCCUGGAACUAUCCGAUCCUAAUGUUGGCCUGGAAAUGGGGACCAGCUUUGGCUGCCGGAUGUACGGUCGUGAUGAAACCUGCCGAACAGACUCCCCUGACGGCACUGUAUCUCUGCUCCCUACUUAAGGAGGCUGGCUUCCCGGCUGGUGUGGUCAAUAUGGUUCCCGGAUAUGGACCAACGGCCGGACAGGCCAUCACCCUGCAUCCGGAUGUGCGCAAGGUUGCCUUCACCGGAUCGGUCGAGGUGGGCAAGAUCAUUAUGGCUCAGGCGGCUGGAACGCUGAAAAAGGUUUCCCUCGAACUGGGCGGCAAGAGUCCGCUGGUCAUUUGCGAUGAUGUUGAUGUCAAUGAAGCGGCUGGAAUCGCUUACGCCGGAGUGUUCGAGAACAUGGGUCAAUGUUGCAUCGCGGCUACCCGAACCUUUGUGCAGGAAGGCAUCUACGAUGCUUUCGUGAAGAAAGCCACCGAGCUGGCCAAGUCCCGUAAAGUUGGAUGCCCAUUUGGAGCCGGCGUUCAGCAUGGACCCCAGAUCGACGAUACUCAGUUCAAGAAAAUCCUGAACUACAUCGAGGUCGGCAAGAAGGAGGGAGCCAAGCUUGAAACGGGAGGAGUUCGUCACGGUAGCGAGGGAUACUUCAUUGAGCCUACGGUGUUUUCGAACGUCACAGACGGAAUGACCAUUGCGAAGGAGGAAAUUUUCGGCCCAGUUCAAAGUAUCAUAAAGUUCAAGACCCUGGAUGAGGCCAUCGAGAGGGCCAAUGCUACCUCGUUUGGGCUGGCAGCCGGAAUUGUAACGAAAAACAUCGACAACGCUCUGAUGUUCAGCAAUGCCGUUGAAGCUGGCUCGGUUUGGGUCAACACCUAUCUGGCUGUGGCUUAUCAAGCUCCAUUCGGUGGCUACAAACAAUCCGGCAUUGGUCGCGAAAUGGGCAAAGAAGGUCUGGAACUGUACUUGGAAACCAAAACAGUCUCCAUCAAGCUGCCAGCGAAAAUAUAAAUAGCUGUUUUCGCUUAUCAGCUUCGUGAUACUAUUCAUAUUGAAAUGCAUUGCUUUAUCUGUUUUGAGUUCUUUCUGUAGUGGUGAGACUUUUAACUUUUUCGAGGUGUUAUAAAAUAGCAAUCUCGAAUGAUACGGUGCAAUUCUUAUCUGUGAACUGUCCCUUUAUCGGUUAUACCUACUAAUCGCUGCUGUGUUUACCUUAGGUAAUUGAGCCUUUAUCGUUGAGAAACUGUAGUCAAUAUGACUAUCCACUUUUGCUGUAAGAUAUAUGCAACUAUGUAUAAGCAACGACA